GUCGAGAAGGGAAACGGGAAAUCCGAAGAGCUUUCGCGGCUCUGGUACGACGACUGCUGAGAGUCCCUUCGCCCCCUUCCUCCCGGCGCCGUUCGCCAGGCAUGGAAGCUCAGAUGCAGCUUGUCGUCUCUCUCUAAUUAGAGCUCGUCUCAGAAGAAUCGCCUUCUUGUCGUGCCGUGAUCGAAGGGCAAUCUAGGGUUUCGUCGCUCAGUGACGGCGAACGAGAAGGGGGGGAAGAUGGAGAGCGUGCGGUCACCGACCGAUAAGCAGAGCAUGAUCUCUUCCUUCUUGGAGGUCGCCGUCGGUCAAACCGCCGAUACUGCUCGCCAGUUCUUGCAGGCGACAAGUUGGAAGCUUGAGGAAGCCAUUCAACUAUUUUUUGUAGGUAAUGAAGGCGGUGUUAUUGGGGGACAGUCCAAUCCUUCCCCAGUAGAUGGUGGAAAUGCUGUUUGGGUAGAUGAAAAUGCCGGGGUAUCAAGGAAUGACAAUGGUAAUGAAAACAUUGGACAGCAUGAUGGAGAUGAAGUGCGUCCUCCUUUACCAGUUAGGAGAGAGGUCCUCUAUGAUGAUGCGGUAUUAUACCCAGCAUUAGGGAUGGGGCCACAUGAGUCAAGUUCACUAAUUGCGUUCAGGAACUUUGAUGAGGAACUGAAACGCCCUGGGGUGUGGGAACCAGAUCAAGGUUCAACAUCUACUGCAGAAAAUGCUCGUGAUAAUCUUGCGUCUCUAUAUCGUCCUCCUUUCCAUUUGAUGUAUCGCGGAUCCUUUGAGAAGGCUAAAGCAGCAGCUUCACUACAAGACAAGUGGCUUCUAGUAAACUUGCAGUCUACCAAGGAGUUCAGCUCGCAUAUGCUGAAUCGGGAUACAUGGGCAAAUGAAGCUGUCUCCCAAACUAUCAGCACUAAUUUUAUCUUCUGGCAGGUAUAUGACGACACAAGUGAGGGACAGAAGGUUUGCACCUAUUACCGAUUGGAUUCGAUUCCUGUUGUGCUUGUUAUUGACCCCAUCACUGGCCAAAAGAUGCGGUCUUGGACUGGAAUGAUUCAGCCUGAGAGCUUACUUGAGAAUUUGUUACUUUUCCUGGAAGGUGGCCCCAAGGACCAUCAUGUAAGUUCAUCACAUAAACGUCCUAGAGAAAAGUCUGUGACUCCUCCGCAGAAACUUAAGGAUGAAUUGCCCAAGGAAGAAGACGAGGAACUACAGGCAGCAUUGGCAGCUUCCAUGGAAAAUAUAAAAGAGCCAAUUAAGACUGCAAGUGAAGAUUGCAAAACUGAUACCAGCAAGGAAGAAGAUUCAUUCACGAGGAAGAUACCUGCCUACCCACCUCUUCCUGAAGAACCUAAGGGUGAUAGGAGCCUACUUUGCCGAGUUGGAGUCCGUCUUCCCGAUGGACGUAGGGUCCAGCGGAAUUUUCUCCGAACCGAUCCAAUACAGCUUCUGUGGUCAUUCUGCUGUUCUCGGCUGGAAGAGGCUGAAAGUAGGCCAUUUCGCUUGGCGCAAGCAAUUCCUGGGGCUUCGAAAAGUCUUGACUAUGACAGCAAGUUAACCUUCCAGGAGUCGGGUCUUGCAAAUUCUAUGAUCUCUCUCACUUGGGAAUGAUGCUCACGCAGUUACAUUGUUACCUUUUGGGAUGGUUUGAUCCACUGGAAAUUAUCGAAGAACUUCUGAUACAUGUCUAUAUUGUCAUAUUUGGUCCACUGUCUAUUCCCUCCCCCAAACCAUUGUCUGUUUCAAGGGACCCGUUGAUUUCAUUUUGAAUGUGUAAUUUGCCAAGUUAAAUGCAUCGCGACAGGAUUUUAUUGCGGAUGCAGUAGAAUCUCAAUUGUAUGUAUGCGCAGGCGGUUUUAUUGGAUCUCCUUUUUUGAAGUUUGAAA